CGAUGCCAACCUCAAGUCAACUAUUUAUGAAAAUGUGUCUGUUAUGCUAGUAUUUACAUACUGCGUGUUUGUAUAUCACGUGACAAUCGUAAAGGAUUGUAAUUUACUAAAUCCGCUAGCCUUUGUUGUUUACCGCUCAUUACUGAAAUCGUAUCCGGGAGACUGCGCCAGUUGCUAAUAUUAGCGUCCAUAUGGUACUCCACCAAUAGCGAUGGAAAUGGGUCGAGCUGGGGUUUGUUUAGAUUCACGAAGCUCUGUGUAAUGUACGUGCGUGUGUUUGGGAGAGCCUUUCUCGCAGGUGGUGGACUGCAAUCCUAUUCAGGUGCCAUGGUUUGUCGGUGUUUCUAACUGGCGAUGUCCAGUGGCCCCUCGGACUGCACGAUCUAUCUACGGUAUGGGACACCUAUGGACACGCCUAUUUAGGCACCGGGAUGUGCGGAUACUUCUGUUAGGUUUAGACUGUGCUGGCAAGACUACGAUACUGUAUAAACUGAAGCUGGAUGAGCUUGUCACAACAAUUCCAACCAUUGGUUUUAACGUGGAGACCAUCCAAUACAGGGAUAUCAGCUUCACAGCUUGGGAUAUCGGCAGCCGUGAUAAAAUUCGUCCUCUCUUCCGACACUAUUACAAGGGAGCUGAUGCCGUUGUGUUUGUGAUAGACAGCAAAGACCAUGAGCGAUUGGACGAACUCAACUAUGAUGUCAUCAAACCAGCCGUGGCUGCCGAGGAGCUAGCGCACUCCAUCUUCCUCUUCCUGGCCAACAAGAUGGACCUGGCCAACACGAUGACUGUAGACGAGAUCACCGACAAGCUGGGACUUAAACAUUUAAAACAUACAUGGAAUGUUGUGCCAGUAAGUGCUGUGAAUGGUGAUGGACUUUACUAUGCUUUGGACUGGUUAGCAAGCAAGCUGGGAUCUGUACAGGCAAAGAAGGCUCUUGUUGUGCCAGUGUCAAACGUACCUUCUGAGAUGCCUGAUCAUGAUGAGACUCUCGAACAUGGUAUGGACUACUGCUCAAGGGCCUACACUGCAAUCAAAUGUCUGUUUCUGAGGACAAACCGCCAGGAUGGACAAGAGUCGUCCUAACAUAAUGACUUAAUACUAAAGUUGGCUAGCUGUGUUAUGAUGGACAAGAGUUGUCCUAACAUAAUGACUUAAUACUAAAGUUGGCUAGCUGUGUUAUGAUGGACAAGAGUUGUCCUAACAUAAUGACUUAAUACUUAAGUCAGCUAGCUGUGUUAUGAUAGACAAGAGUCGUCCUAACAUAAUUACUUAAUACUUAAGUCAGCUAGCUGUGUUAUGAUAGACAAAGAGUCGUCCUAAUAUAAUGUCUUAAUACUCAAGUCAGCUAGCUGUGUUAUGAUGGACAAAAGUUGUCCUAACAUGACUUAAUACUCAAGUCAGCUAGCUGUGUUAUGAUGGACGAGAGUCGUCCUAACAUAAUUACUUAAUACUGAGUCAGCCAGAUAUGUUAUGAUAGACAAGAGUCGUCCUAACAUAACGACUUAAUACUCAAGUCAGCUAGCUGUGUUAUGAUGGACAAAGAGUUGUUCUAACAUAAUUACUUAAUACCUGAGUCACCUGUGCAAGGAUUCACAUUAUACUUUCAGUGAACACUUUAAAACAAUUUUAAUGAGCUUCACUGGCACAGAAAGAAUGAAUAUGGAAAUGUUUUGAUAACACAUUAGGCAUAAUUAUAUCCUGCAACAAAAGUAGGCAAUAUUAUAUGUAAGAGUUGGAUAUAUGCCUCUGUCCCAAUGAGACUUUGCUGACAGUGUAAAGACAUCAGAAUUGGUCCUGUGAUUGGCUGCUGUGCAGCAUGUAGUAUGCAGGUGGUUUCUAAUGGUUCUAAUGUCUGGCACCUAAAAGUAAAAAGUCCACUAGUUGCAAUCAUGACAUUAUUAUGCACAUGCCAAUCUUCAGCAUGUGAUGUUAGCUAGCAUCCCUUGCCUCUUCCCAUCAGAUGCAAUUGCAGGAGGUUUUGCAGGGGUAGGGUCUAGACUGUCAACAGUGACAUUUCUAGGGCGUUUGGGUCAUGUUCCCUAUAAAUAUAUUUAACACUUAUGCUGAACAUUAGAAAGUUGUGGCUUUACAACUAUAGGUCUAAAAGAAUCUGCUAGUGUUUCUCCACGUUGUUGGAACAUUCUGCAUAUGGUGUUAAUGGUUAUAUGCACAACAUUGUAGUCAUGUGACCUGUUGAAUUUUUAAGGCCACUUUGACUAAAAAAUUGGUACAUUCUGAUUGGUAAAGGGUGCAUGUUUUAAUUCAGACAAUGUCAUUACAGUAUUCAAAAACAGAUUGCAUCAUCUAUAAUUUAUAUUGUAUUAUAUGAAUGUGAAUUUCUAUUUUGGUUCAGUAUUAUAUUUUAGAAUUGUGUGGCAAUCUUUGAAUUAAUUUAGUGAAUCAUGAUGCGAUACAAAACAAAAAGUUUCCUUACUAAUGCAUAUCAUUUAGAAUAUAAUCUUUACAGGCAUGGCCACGGCCUGCCAAAAUGCCGUUUUGGUUAACAUAGGGUGUUUAUAUCCUACAAGAGAUUAAAUUAAAUCUUAUUGUUGAUUGCGUUACGACCAUAAUUAUGAUUGUACUAUUUAUUAAACAGCAUUGUGUAUUUUGAGUGUUUAAUUAAAGGACACAAUGUACGUAGAAUGGACAGCCUGCACUGGAAGCUUUUCUUCUGUGCGAGUAUUAAUGUUAAUGUGUGUGGAAGCAGUGUAAUUAAUUAAUGAGACUUUGUAGAAGGUAACAACAAAUAUCAUCCCCUCUCCCCACUUUUGUAGAUACAUUUAACCUAGUAUCUUGCAUUCUUUUCUUUGAGGUCAACAUAUCAAACAAGAAAGAAAAGAAAACUUACCACUAUAACAGUAUCCCUUUCCCAAAGCCCAUAUUCCUAGUGACAUGAAGUGAACAAAUCCAAGAGGAACAUCAUCAUUUGAAGUGUUUUCGUUGAAUGUAAUGUGCCAAUCCAAUUGACUUGAAGCAUGAAGUUACUACCUUUGACAGUAUUCACACAUUGUAUUAACCAAAUUAUGUGACUUUUUCAUUAUAUUACUUCUCAUUUAAGGUGAAACAAAUACAGAGCUAAUUGGCAGCAACAAUCCCAAUGUGUCUAAAAUCGCAUACAUUGUACCUUGUCAUUGGAUAAUAUCAUAAACAAUAAAAUUAACUUUAUAAAAUGACUAAUUAGUAAGAUAGUGUUGUGAGGUCUGGAUCACUUUGACCUGCUAACGUUCAAAUAUUGUUUUACCAGUAACCUGUAUGGAAAGCACAUUCUUAUAUGUUCACUGCUGCUAAAGGGAACAGAACUAACUACUAAACAUAAUACAUGUAUAUGCUUUAACCUAUAAGAAAUAGGUUAGUUGUUUUUUUAGUCCUUUUCUCCUUUAUAUAAAGCUAAUAAAUUUGCCAUAAUGCAUGGCCAAUAUAGCUGCAAAAACAGCUAGUUCAAAAGGAAUGUUGGAAAUUAAUACAUGAAUCAUAAAAUCAUUCAUAGGGUGAAAUCAUCCAGCAAACCUUUGUCACAAUCAUCAAACCUUCUUAACUUUCUUGUAAUGCAAAAAAACCCAACCCUAAAGUGCAAUAAUGGAUAGGAUAAGGCACCAAAUAACCAGAAGAAAAAUAAAACAUUUUAUUCAAUAAAAGCAAAUCUGAGAUUUUAGUUUUUAACAUAUUAUGAUUAUAAUCCUCUUAAAUCAACACUGUAAAGCACAUUUCGUUACUCAACGAUUGUAGCUAAUGGGGUGGGGGUGUUGUACCCCAGAAUAAUAAUAAAGAGACUUUGUAAUUUAAAAGUGCCAUGUUUGUGUACCUGGAGAACAGCUUGUAUUACUGUGGCAGUGUGCCUUUCAUUUUAUAUUGCCACCCAUUAAGUUAGGGUAGAUAUGGCCCAGUAUUGAUGGCAAGAAUUUAUACAAAUGUAAAGUAGUUAAAAUGGUACGUGGUCACAGGCCUCUGUGAAUUAAAAAUUUGCAUAACCUAUUUAGAGAUUAUGCAAAAGAAUUCAGGCAAUCCAUGUCAUUUUGCAUAACCCAUUUGGACCAUAUAAAUUGUGUUAUCCUAUUUUUAAUGUGGGAAUGAAAAUUUGGUUAUGCAAAUUAAACUAGACUUGCACUAGCAAUACACUGCUAAAGGAUUGUUCACACAAUUUUCAGAGGCCUUUAGCUGUAGAUAAAACUACAUGGUUAGACAAUAAAUCUUACUCUUCAUUGUAACAUGAUUGUCUAAAAUCUUCUGCCAGCAGAAAUGCAUUUUGAUGCCAAAAGUAUUAAAUAUUUUCCAUUGGUUGAUGUGUGGAUAUGUGUGGAUUUUUAUUUCUUGUCUUUCACUCUACCAUCAACAUUAUUUUGCUGUCAAUAAUAUAUCUGAUCAUCUGCCAUUGUUUUUUGAUAUGUAUUAAAAGAUGUUAAAUAA